CCCAGACACUCCAAAGGAACGAAUUCCAGAUCUUGCUUGUUCGUUUGACAACGGCAGCUAUUGCCUCUGGAAGCCAGACACGAAUCCAAAAGGACGUCCGCAGUGGGAGCUCAGUGACCCGGCUUCAGGGCUACCCACUUUCCCUCUGUUCGAUCAUUCAACGAAGAGCUCAAGUGGUCGGUUCAUUUUUAGCAGAUACACAGGUUCUGCAGCUUCCGUGAACCGCAUAAAAAGCCUACCAUUGCCUCUCCAGCUGUCUACAAGCAGCCUGUGUUUUUCAUUCUGGUAUUUCAUGCUCACUGACCACAACAGCAGCAUAAGCGUCACAUUGGCCCCGUCAAGCUCCCCUUCUUGGCUUCAGCGUGGGGCAAGGAUGACAGCAUGGACGCCUGCUCUGGUGAACGUGGCAGGAUCGGCUGCUCCAGGGAGAAAUCAGAUUGUUGUUGAAACAAGCAUAUAUGAUGGACUAAUUGCAGCGGAUGACUUCUCAAUGGCGCAUGGUGACUGCCCAACACCAUCUCUCUGCACUUUUGAAGGUAGCGUCGAUUGUGGCCACACUCGAGACAUCAGUAACGUUCGGGAGUGGACUGUGCAUCAGGGUUCGGAGCUCGCUGUCACCGAUCACACUUUGCGAAGCACGUUUGGUCAUUUUCUGUACUUGAACACAACGUCCCUGAGGCAGAGCCGUAACUCCAUCGCAAGGAUUCAUCUUCCUGUUCGUAAUGCAACGUCGAAUGCCUGUUUAACGUUCUGGUGGCGCGCCCAUGGAGAUCAGAGUGAGCUAAGUGUCUACAGGUUCAUUCACGCACAGGGCCUCGGUAAUGCCCUCCUAUCUUUGGAAACUGAAGAGAGCGUCUGGUGGAAUGGCCGCUCAGUGAACAUCACCUCUGACAUGCCUUGGCAGGUGGUGUUUGAAGCACGAAUCCUCGACUUUUACUCGACUGAAUCUGGCAUACUUCUGGAUGACAUCGAGAUUGAGGAAGGGACAUGCCCAGAUCAACACGCUUGCACUUUCGAAGGAGCCACAUGCCUUGCAUGGGAGAAUUCGCAUGACCCAUUCGCUUCUGGAUGGUGGCAUCAUGAGCGGGCUGGUCUGUCCGUGUUCCUCUCGGACCAUACCACAGGAACCCCUGAAGGCCACUACCUGCGCUUCUCGGCCGAUGCUGCGGGACAGUUUGCUGUGGUAACGGCAACCGGUGGCAGUGGUGACGCCCGGUGUGCAACCUUUUGGUAUCUGCUCUCGGACGACCUUCACGGCCUCAUCCUGCUGGCAGGACCCACUUACUUCAACGAGUCCACGCACGGUCAAUGGCGUUCAGCCCGAUUCAGUCUCACGAACAACUACAGGUCUAUCAUCGCCAUAUCGGGCACUAACCCCAAGGCAUUUGCUCUUAUCGACGACUUGCUCGUUAGUGAGGACGACUGCACCACUAAAGGAGACAUUUCCACAGUUACGACACCGACUUCAGCGGAAAUCGGGACUGCUGGCGCAACGACAGGUUUUGGAACUACACUCUUUUCCACAUCAACAAAGGCAGUGUCGGUGGCCCCAACACGCGUUACUGGUGGUGAAGAAAAAACGCUUCCUAUGGCUCCUUCAACGCUUUCCACUACGUCCGUGCCCACCACUUCAGCGCCUACUUGCGGCAAGGGCAUGUUCAGUUGCCACGACGGCAAGCACUGUGUUGCUGCACUGCUCCUCUGCGAUGGCGUUCGUGAUUGCCCCAACGGAGCUGAUGAAGUAUGCGGAGACCGUGAAUACUGUACCGGUGCUCAGUACUUCUGCCGAAAACCAUCAACAUGCAUUGACGCGUCCAAGCUGUGCGAUGGUCAUGAAGACUGCAGUGAUGGAUCAGACGAAGUUAUCUGCGAUGAAUGUCCAGCCUACUUCUGUCGCAAUGAAGGCAACUGCAGCUUACAUUCGAUGUCUGGAGCACCAGAGUGCACGUGCACGGUCGGCUUUCAAGGAACUCGAUGUCAGAGAAAGCUCAUACGAGAUCCCCCAGCAGACUUUAUAGUUGCAGGUCCCAGUGGAGGUUGGGCGUAUGGUGCGCCCAUACUGGUACUCGUCAUCCUGGCUCUUACCGCCACAGUUAUCAUUUACGUCAGGCGGAGAAGGCGCAAUGAGGCAUGCCGUGAAAUGGAGCAGAGCCGCACAGUUUCAGUUGAAAAUCCAAUUUACGGACUUGAUUUUGGCCAAGUGGCCAUGCGAAAGCAACCGACGCAACCAAGAGACUCGUGGUUAUCCAGAACAUUCAGGUUUCCACGAAGUAGUCGGAUGUCCACCAGUGAUUGUUGAAUUAAACAGUUUCAUUAGCCUGUUAAUUAACGUAUUACGUUGUUAUAAAACUUCCUAUUUUCAUUUUUUUUUAUUAAGAUAAGAAUACUGUUUUUAUGGGUUCGUCAGACGCAUCCCGGCGCAUUGUUUGCCACACAUUGACUCAAUAAAAUUCUGUAAUAAUUAUGAAGAGUAUGAUACGCGCUCAUCAAACUGUACAUAGGCCUGAAUCAAACUGAAAAUAAAUAGUAUUUAGUGCACCC